GGGUAAUUCCUCUCUAUCAUAUUAUCUAUCGCCAGCGGAGUUCAGAGCCCGUCUUUCUUCACCAUUGCUGCUUUUCUCCCCCGGAAUUCACUAUUGCGUCGCUUGAUCUCUCUGCCACGGUCCCCUCACCACAUGUCAUGAAUCUUGGCCAUUCCAGGUAAUCGUGAUAACCAUCCGGGGUGAAGCAAGUCCAGCUUAAAUCGAACUACUAUGGCCUCGCAACCAACGUCUUUGAGGGACCGUCAGGUCGCCUCCAUCCACAAGAUUCUCAACUUGAAUCAUGAACCGCAACCCGCGGAAGACGCCCACCACGAUGCGUCCGCGCAGGGCCUCAUUUCUACCCCGGUACUGAACGAGGAUGGCGAUCCUAUCUGGAAGGUCCUGGUGUUUGAUAAUAUGGGAAGAGAUGUCAUCAGCAGCGUGCUGCGUGUCAAUGACCUCAGAGCUUGGGGAGUCACAAUCCAUCUAAACAUCAAUUCCACACGAUACCCGAUUCCCGACGUCCCUGUUGUAUACCUUGUCGAACCUACGCCUUCCAACGUCGAAGCGAUCACAAAUGACCUUUCUCGCGGUCUUUACUCUCCCGCCUACGUCAACUUCCUCUCCUCCGUACCCAGACCCCUCCUCGAAGACUUUGCGUCUCAGAUAGCAACAACCGGCACCGCAGAGCAUGUCGCACAAGUUUACGACCAGUACUUGAAUUUUAUUGUGGCCGAACCGGACCUUUUCAGCUUGGGGCUAGGAAACGAUGCAUACUGGAAGAUUAACAGUGCGCAAACCAGCGACGAUGAUCUGGACGCCAUUGUGGAUAGGAUUGUAAGCGGGUUGUUUAGCGUCAGCGUCACAAUGGGUGCUAUCCCGAUUAUUCGGUGCCCUAAGGGCGGCGCGGCAGAAUUAAUAGCAACCAAGCUGGACCGCAAGCUACGCGAUCACAUCCUUAACUCGAAAGACAAUCUGUUUUCAAACAAGAAGAACACUCCGGGAGUUCCCUCAUCGCGACCUGUUUUGAUCAUCGUCGAUCGCAACGUGGAUUUGGUGCCCAUGCUUUCCCACUCGUGGACAUACCAGUCUCUGGUUCAGGACGUUCUACAGAUGCGCCUCAAUCGGAUUACCGUUGAGUCAACUGAUGAAGCAAACCCAGCCAAGGGCGUCACAAAGAGAGCAUACGACUUAAAUAGCAAUGACUUUUUCUGGAAGCGCAAUGCCGGCGCGCCAUUCCCUCAGGUUGCGGAAGACAUCGAUGCGGAGCUUACACGUUACAAGGAGGACGCCACUGAGAUCACAAAGAAGACCGGUGCUUCCUCAAUUGAAGAUCUCCAGAACGACACCAGCGCCUCUGCACAGCACCUCAAGGCUGCCAUCACCCUCCUUCCCGAACUACGGGAACGCAAGGCGAUUCUUGACAUGCACAUGAACAUUGCGACCGCCCUGCUCAAGGGAAUCAAAGACCGUCAGCUGGAUAACUUCUUUGAACUGGAAGAAAAUAUCACCAAGCAAACAAAGGCCCAGAUCAUGGAACUCAUCAACGACUCCAGUAAAGGCAACGAACCCCUGGACAAGCUCCGUCUUUUCAUCAUCUGGUUCCUGAGCACUGAAACAGAGGUUUCCCGCUCUGAGAUGACACAAUUCGAAGAGGCUCUCACUCGCAUCGGCGUCACGGACGUGACCCCCAUCGCCUAUGUCAGACAGGUCCGAGAAAUAACCCGCAUGACCAUGAUGACUACCGCAACAGGCGCUCCCCAACAACAGUCCUCUAAUCUCUUCCGCGGGUUCUCCUCUCUCUCUAACCAACUGACUGACCGCAUCACCUCCGGAGCCCUCGGCGCCAACUUCGAUUCCCUCAUUUCCGGCGUCAAGAAUUUUCUCCCUGCCAACAAGGACCUGACCCUGACCAAGAUCACCGAAUCCAUCAUGGACCCAACCUCCGCAUCCAGCUCCGCUAUCGCCAAGACAGAAAGCUAUCUCUACUUCGACCCCCGCAGCGCCAACGCCCGAGGCGCCAUGCCUCCGGCCUCGGCUUCGCGCAACGCCCAAGGGCAGAGCCUGAACAGCUCCGGGCCCGGCAUGAGUGCCACCUUCGGCCAACGCCGACAGGCCUUCAACGAAGCGAUCGUCUUCACCGUCGGUGGAGGCAGCAUGGACGAAUACGGCAAUUUGCAAGACUGGGUAAGCCGGACAAGCGGACAACCAGGCGCUGACGGUGCCGGGGCCGCCAACCGUGGGGUGCACGGGGCGCCGAAACGGAGGGUUGUCUAUGGUAGUACGGAUUUGAUGAACGCCAGAGACUUCCUUACAGAAUCAUUGGCAAAAUUGGGCAGGGAGGGUUGAGCAUAUUUUGAUGCAGCCGGGCGGUAUUGUGAGAGCGGUCGCAAAUAGAAUUUGCCUUCGACGUAUAGUACUUAGUAUAGCUAAUUGAUACGCUUAUGGAGAUGAUCACUACCUACGUCGAAACCCACCUGAAACAAUACAUAGC